CUGGAUUUAUCACAUACAGACUCGUACACGCACGACUCUCCGCUUCAGUCAUUCGCACGAGUGUCGCCACCUUCUAUCUGAGGUUUUGAAGCUCAGCUGAGACGAGAUGCCAUACAAUGUGUCCCAGUCAGGAGCCUCUGGGCAGAAGUUACAGGCGGAGAGCGUGCAGGCGGAUGGGAAGACGUUUGAACAGCUCAGACAAGAGUGUUUGCAGAAGGGGAAGUUGUUUGAAGAUCCAGAUUUUCCUGCAGUGGAAUCAUCGCUUUUCUACAGCCAAAGGGUCCCAGUGAACUUUGAAUGGAAGAGGCCAGGGCAAAUCUGCAAAGACCCCAAAUUCAUCACUGGAGGAGCCUCGAGGACAGACAUCUGUCAGGGACAGUUGGGAGACUGCUGGUUGUUGGCAGCGAUCGCCUCCCUCACCCUCCACGAAGAUACACUGAAGAGGGUCGUACCACAUGACCAGAACUUUGACCACAACUACGCCGGGAUCUUCCACUUCCAAUUCUGGCAGCACAAUAAAUGGCUGGAUGUGGUGGUGGACGACAGACUCCCGUGUGUGAGGGACAAACUUGUCUUCCUCCAUUCCGCUGACAACACGGAGUUCUGGAGUGCUCUUCUGGAGAAGGCCUAUUCCAAGCUGAACGGCAGCUAUGAGUCACUCAAAGGAGGAACUACCAUGGAGGCCAUGGAGGACUUCACCGGGGGCGUGGGGGAGAUGUACGAGACCAAGAGCGCUCCGAGCAACCUCUUUGACAUGCUGAAGAAAGCCAUAGAUAGAGGAUCCAUGCUCGGCUGCUCCAUAGAUAUCACAAGUUCUGCCGAAUCUGAGGCGCAAACCAUCACCGGUCUGGUUAAAGGCCACGCCUACUCCAUCACUGGAGUGGAGGAGGUGAACUACAGAGGAGCAAAAGUCCAGCUGAUCCGUGUCAGGAACCCCUGGGGUCAGGUGGAGUGGAACGGCCCCUGGAGCGACAACUCUAGGGAGUGGAGCGUGAUUGACAAGGCAGAGAAAACCAGACUGCUGCAAAACUCUCUGGAUGAUGGAGAGUUCUGGAUGGAGUUUGGAGACUUCAAAGCCAACUACGAUAAGGUGGAGAUCUGUAAUCUGACUCCAGACUCUCUGACAGAUGACUCUAAAAAGAAAUGGGACGUGAACAGUUUUCAGGGCAACUGGAUCAGGGGCUCCACCGCUGGAGGCUGCAGGAACUUCAUUGACACGUUCUGGACGAACCCUCAGUUUAAGCUUCGUUUGGAUGACCCCGAUGAUGGAGACCAAAUGUGCAGCAUCAUCGUCGCUCUGAUGCAGAAGAACCGCCGUCGAAUGAGGAAAGAGGGGCUUGACAUGGAGACCAUCGGCUUCGCUGUUUACGAGGCACCUAAUGAUGAAGACCACCAAGGGAAGGACUUUUUCCGUUUUAACGGCUCGAAAGCACGAAGCCGUACGUACAUCAACAUGAGGGAGGUGUCCGAGCGCUUCAGACUUCCCCCUGGAAACUAUCUGCUGGUUCCAACCACCUACCAACCGCACACUGAAGCCGACUUCCUCAUCCGGAUCUUCUCCGAGAAGAAAGCUGGAGCCAUUGAGAUGGGAAACACCAUUGAAGCAGACCUGCCAGAUCCACCAACUCCCAACCCUCCUGAGGAGGAGACAGAUGAAGAGAAAGGUUUGAGGAGGCUGUUUGAACAGAUCGCUGGCUCGGAUAACGCCAUCAGUGCCAGAGAACUGCAGCAGGUGCUGAAUGGAGUCCUGAGCAGGAGGAAAGAGGUGAAGUUUGACGGUUUGAGCCUCAGUACCUGCCACAGCAUCAUAAACCUCAUGGAUGUUGAUAACACAGGAAUGCUGGAAUUCGAGGAGUUCAAAGUCUUCUGGGAUAAACUGAAGAAAUGGAUCAUGCUGUUUAUCUCUUUCGAUACGGAUCGUUCGGGACGCAUGUCAUCCUAUGAACUCCGUACUGCUCUUAACGGUGCAGGGAUGCAUUUGAACUCAAAGAUUUUGCAGUUGCUGGGUCUCAGGUUUGCUGAUGAGAAUUAUGAAAUUGACUUUGAUGAUUACCUGACCUGCAUCGUUCGCCUGGAGAAUAUGCUCCGAGUUUUCCAGGCCUUUGACAGGCCAAAGACGGGACAGAUCAGCCUAAACAUACAGCAGUUCCUGUUUUUGUCCAUGAACGUCUGAGGACUUGGCAAAAUGAGGGAAAAGAAAAGGACAAAAGGACCAAAGGACCAAAGGAAGAUGUUAUGGAGGGAGUCAGUUGUGACUGUUAAAUACACUGAAUACAUUAGAUUUUUUGUUGGUUUGUUUGGGGGUCUUUCCCAUUAGGCCUGAUACUGACUAUGGGUUUAGGAGAGAUUUGCAGUAAUUAAAACUUUAAUUAAAAAAUGUUGUUUUGUGAAUGAAAUCCCAGUGUUGUGUUCUUGAUGGUACAUGUUUACACUUGUUUUUUUCUUUUCUGUGAUUUGGGUCAUAUUCACCUUUUAUGGAUAUUUACCUCCUUAAAUUGCCUCAUUGUUAAGAGCUGAUAAACUGUAAAGCUCUCGUGUUUAAAGGUGCAUGCAUGAAUCAACAAAUAAUAAAUGAAUUAUUAUUGAAUCAACGAUAAAUAAAUGAAUUAAAAAGUGGCACGAUGAGUUACUGUGGCUGUGGU